GUUAUUCAAAACGUCACAUCACCACAUUUGCCAACGUAUUUUCAUAACAACAAGAGUGUCGGCAAUAUUGCUCGCUGAGUCAACAAUUUGUAGUACAAUAAGGUCGAGGUCUUGCCGAAGAACAACAUGGGUAAAUUACUUGGAAAUUGGAAACUGGAGAAAAAUGAAAAUUGGGACGACUUCAUGAAAUCAAUGGGUGUGAACAUAGUUCUAAGAAAAGUUGGGAAUUCCAUCACAAGUUAUGAAGAAAUAAAAAACGACGGUGACGAUUGGGAGGUCAAUGUAACCUCUACUUUCAAAAAUAAAUCUGUGAAAUUUAAACUCGGCGAACCUUUUGAAGAUCACACAAUGGAUGGACGAACAGUGACGGCGACAUUUCGAUUGGAAGGUGAUAAGUUAAUAUUGGACCAGAAAGCGACUAAACCUGGUGAACCUGAUACACAUGUAGAGAGAAAGCUAGAGGGUGACGACACAAUGAUACAGACGUUCCAUAACGUACAGAAGAAUAUAGUGGCUGUACGGGUUUAUAAGAGAUAUACACCAUGAUCAUAAUGUGAUAUCAAACACCAUUUUAAACUCAUUUUGAUACAGUAGUAUAUCAUUAUACCAUCGUUAUUGUUAAUAAAUACUUUUUAUAUACUUUA